AUGUCAAAUGAAACAGCGUCUAUGAGAGAAAUACAACACAACCGACAACUCAUUAUACAAGCUCUAAAUAAGAACACAACAAACUUUUCAAACUAUUCUAAGAUAUCUGAGUCAUUGAAAGAAGGAAACUUAAAACUGACAUUAAACCCAAUGACAGAUGAGUUUCUGUUUCAAGACAAUAAGAACCAUACUGUCUGUAUAAAUCCAACAAAAGGAACUUUAAACGAGAAACCUAUAAAUGAACUUCUUUUGAAAGCAGAUGUUGGCAACAAAGCUGACAAAGAAUAUGUAGAUGCAACAAGAGACUAUAUUCUCGCAUGGACAGAUAGAACAUACCCACAAAAACAUCAUACACAUAACAUCUAUGACGUAGAUGAACUACCAGCAAUGUUAGAUGACAAAGCUGACAAAACAUAUGUUGACAAUAAAAUGUCAAGUGAAGUGACAAGAGCUGACAAAGAAUAUUCUAAAAAGACUCAUACACAUACCAUUGCAAAUAUUACAAACUUACAAGAAACCUUAAACAAGAAAAGUGACGUUGGACAUACACAUAGCUUCUUCUCAAAUGUUGGUAUAGAAAGUAUUUUAGGAACGAUUGAAGAAACUGGUGGGGGUGGAUUAUAUUUUAAACCUCCUAACUUUCCAGAAGGUUUAACAUCGGAUAAAGACAUUAGAUGUAGAAAUGUCUAUGUCAUGGAGGAUGAAAAAAAAGUUAAAUUCACUGCUCAAGAUUUAUAUGAUAAAAAAGCUGACAAAACAGAGCUUCAAACGUUAAAGACAGAAAUACUUCAAACAGUAUAUCCUAUAGGUUCUAUUUACACGUCAAUGAACUCUACCAAACCAGAAGUAGUACUUGGUUUUGGAACUUGGACUCAAAUAGUCGACAGGUUUUUGUAUUGUGCAAACUCUUCAAAGGAAACAGGUGGAAGUAAAACGAUUUCAGGUGCAAAUUUACCUGCGCACAGUCACUACAUAAAUUUAAGUACAUCUGAAGCAGGUUUGCAUAGUCAUAGAUUUUGGGAUUGGUCAGGAAUGACAAAAGGUAAAGGAUAUGAUGUUAAAGAGGACGUUAAGUUUGCUAUAAAUUGUUACUGGAGUAACACUGAGGUAGGAGGAAGCCAUACACAUCGCGUUUCAGGGUAUACGCAAACAACGGGACAAAGUAAAGAAUACAUGCCACCUUACAUGACAGUUUACGCAUGGUAUAGAAAUGCUUAG